AAUACACAAUUGUUUUUGAAGAUAGUUUAAUACACUUCUCUACUCUCAAAGUUCUAGUAACUACUAAGAUCCCCGGAGAAAUCCUAACCGCAGAAUCUCAAAGAUGUCGUGGCAAACAUAUGUUGAUGAGCACCUCAUGUGCGAUAUUGAGGGCAACAAGCUCACCGCCGCCGCUAUCCUCGGCCUCGAUGGCAGCCCUUGGGCCCAGAGCGCCAACUUCCCUGCGCUCAAACCAGAGGAAAUCACUGCUAUCUUGAAGGAUUUUGAUGAACCCGGGUCACUUGCUCCCACCGGCAUGCACAUUGCUGGUGCUAAAUACAUGGUGAUUCAAGGCGAGCCAGGCGUGGUUGUUCGAGGAAAGAAGGGACCUGGUGGCAUUUGUAUCAAGAAGACUACCCAGUGCUUGCUGUUUGGGCUCUAUGAUGAGCCAAUGACUCCAGGCCAGUGCAACCUGGUUGUUGAGAGGCUUGGUGAUUACCUGGUUGAUCAGGGCUUUUAAUUAUUUUGGUAUUGCUCCAACAAUGAUGGCUCCAUGCUGCUGAGAGUCAAGUAGUGGUAGAUAUUAUUGCUUUCUGGUUUUCAAUGUCUUUCCUUCUCCCUUGGGAGAGUUGUUUUCAUGUUUUGGGUGCAGUGAAUUUGAUUACACUGCUUAUUAGGUUCUUGGGUCUAUGAAACCUUUCAAUUUGUGACUGGUUUUGUUCCCCUUCUUUAUUGUUUUAUAAUCCCAGUUUGGAAUGGGUGAGCUGUAUCCAAAUUCCAAAUAAAAGAGUUGUUAUAGACUAUCUUUAAUCUAUCUGGAUGUUUGCAUUUCUGGCUUA